GGUCCAGCGCGGCAUCGUCAAGAUGGUGCUGUCGGGCUGCGCCAUCAUCGUGCGGGGACAGCCCCGCGGGGGGCCGCCCCCGGAGCGCCAGAUCAACCUCAGCAACAUCCGCGCCGGGAACCUGGCGCGGCGCGCGGCCGCCAGCCAGCCCGACGCCAAGGACACCCCGGACGAGCCCUGGGGCUUCCCGGCCCGGGAGUUCCUGCGGAAGAAGCUGAUCGGGAAGGAGGUCUGCUUCACCGUGGAGUACAAGACCCCGCAGGGCCGGGAGUACGGCAUGGUGUACCUGGGAAAAGACACCAGUGGUGAGAACAUUGCCGAGUCCCUGGUGGCCGAAGGAUUGGCUUCCCGGCGGGAGGGGAUCCGAGCCAACAACCCCGAGCAGAGCCGGCUGGCCGAGCUGGAGGAGCAGGCCCGCAGCGCCAAGAAGGGGAUGUGGAGCGAGGGCUCGGGCUCGCACACCGUGCGCGACCUCAAGUACACCCUGGAGAACCCCCGGCACUUCGUGGACUCCCUGCACCAGAAGCCUGUCAAUGCCAUCAUCGAGCACGUGCGGGAUGGCAGCGUGGUGAGGGCCCUGCUCCUGCCCGACUUCUACCUGGUCACCGUCAUGCUCUCGGGGAUCAAGUGUCCCACCUUCAAGCGCGAGGCCGACUCGGAGGUGCCGGAGCCGUUCGCGGCCGAGGCCAAGUUCUUCACGGAGUCGCGGCUGCUGCAGAGGGACGUGCAGAUCGUCCUGGAGAGCUGCCACAACCAGAACAUCCUGGGCACCAUCCUGCACCCGAACGGGAACAUCACGGAGCUGCUGCUGAAGGAGGGCUUUGCCCGCUGUGUGGAUUGGUCCAUCGCCGUCUACACCCGCGGCGCCGACAAACUGCGAGCGGCCGAGAGGUUUGCCAAGGAGCGGAAGCUGAGGAUCUGGAGGGAUUAUGUGGCCCCCACGGCGAACCUGGACCAGAAGGACAAACAGUUCGUGGCCAAGGUGAUGCAGGUGCUCAACGCCGACGCCAUCGUGGUGAAGCUCAACUCCGGGGACCACAAAACCAUUCACCUGUCCAGCAUCCGGCCACCGCGGCUCGAGGGGGACAGCGCCCAGGACAAGAACAGGAAGCUGAGGCCCCUCUACGACAUUCCCUACAUGUUCGAGGCCCGGGAAUUCCUGCGCAAGAAACUCAUCGGGAAGAAG